AUGAAGUACGUUGUUGUUUCUGGUGGUGUUAUCUCCGGUAUUGGUAAGGGUGUGUUAGCAUCCUCCACAGGUAUGCUUUUGAAGACUUUAGGUUUAAAAGUCACUUCCAUCAAAAUUGAUCCAUACAUGAACAUUGAUGCUGGUACCAUGUCUCCUUUGGAACACGGUGAAUGUUUUGUCUUAAACGACGGUGGUGAAACCGAUUUAGAUUUAGGUAAUUACGAACGUUACUUAGGUGUCACUUUAACUAAAGAUCAUAAUAUAACUACUGGUAAGAUUUAUUCUCACGUAAUUGCCAGGGAAAGAAAGGGUGACUACUUAGGUAAGACCGUCCAAAUCGUUCCUCAUUUGACCAAUGCCAUCCAAGACUGGAUUGAAAGAGUCUCUAGAAUCCCAGUAGAUGAUACCGGUCUAGAACCUGACGUCUGUAUCAUUGAAUUAGGUGGUACCGUCGGUGAUAUUGAAAGUGCUCCAUUCGUCGAAGCCUUAAGACAAUUCCAAUUCAGAGUCGGUAAGGAAAACUUCGCCUUAAUUCAUGUUUCUUUAGUCCCAGUCAUUCAUGGUGAACAAAAGACUAAGCCAACUCAAGCUGCCAUUAAGGAUUUGAGAUCAUUAGGUUUAAUUCCAGAUAUGAUUGCUUGUAGAUGUUCUGAAGAGUUAGAAAAAAGUACAAUUGAAAAAGUUGCCAUGUUUUGUCAUGUAGGUCCAGAACAAGUUGUCAAUGUCCAUGAUGUCAAUUCUACUUACCACGUUCCAUUAUUAUUAUUGAAACAAAAGAUGAUUGAUUACUUACAUGCUAGAUUACAAUUAGAAUCUAUUGCACUAACUACUGAGGAUAUACAAAGGGGUGCAGAAUUGUUAAAUAAAUGGAAGGCUAUGACCGGUAAUUUUGAUGCUUCUAUGGAAACUGUCAAAAUUGCAUUAGUCGGUAAGUACACUCAUUUGAAAGAUUCUUAUUUAUCUGUCAUUAAGGCCUUAGAACACAGUUCCAUGAAAGUUCGUCGUAAGUUAGAGAUUAUGUGGGUUGAAGCCACCGAUUUAGAACCGGAAGCUCAAGAAGCUGAAAAAUCCAAAUUCCAUGAAGCUUGGGAAAAAGUUAGCACAGCUGACGGUAUCUUAGUCCCAGGUGGUUUCGGUAUCAGAGGCACUGAAGGUAUGAUUCUUGCUGCCAGAUGGGCUCGUGAAAACAAGAUUCCAUUCUUAGGUAUUUGUCUUGGUUUACAAAUUGCUACCAUCGAAUUUUCUCGUGACAUUUUAGGUAUGAAGAAAGGUAACUCGACUGAAUUCGUAGAAAAUUUGGCCGAAGAAGACCAAGUCGUCGUGUAUAUGCCAGAAAUUGAUAAGGAAAAGAUGGGUGGUACAAUGAGAUUAGGUUUAAGACCAACUUACUUCCAAGAAGACAGUGAAUGGAGUAAAAUCAAGAAACUAUACGGAAAUGCAUCAUCUGUUGAGGAAAGACACAGACAUCGUUAUGAAAUCAAUCCAAAAUUAAUCAAGGAUCUUGAAGAAAACGGAUUAGUCUUUGUUGGUAAAGAUGAAACUAACAACCGUUGUGAAAUCUUUGAAUUAAAGAACCAUCCAUACUUUGUUGCUACACAAUACCAUCCAGAAUAUACUUCUAAGGUUUUGGACCCCUCUAAGCCAUUCUUAGGUUUAGUUGCCGCAUCUGCUAACAUCUUAGAUGAUGUUUUGGAAGGUCAAUUUGAAUUUGGCUCCCACGGUGCUGAAUUCUAA